UUGGACCGCCUCUCUCCUCCCGUCAAAAUUCGGGUGUUGUCGUCUCGAAGCGCCCUGUCGGAGGAGGAAAAGGAACGGCGACGUGAACUCGCACUGGCUAGCGUUUUGACAACAAGGGGGCAAAAAAAGGGAGAAAAAAAGUCAAAGAUAAUUCAAUAUUAACAGUAAACGUCAGCGGAAAGUGAAAGCGGCGCGACUCUGCAGCCUUGAAGUGGGCGGACUGUGUGUUUCUUGUCCUUUUUUCCCCCCAGCUGGCUGUCCACUGUGUGUUGUAAACACGUUAAGUGUACACUUCAGUAGUUGUGACAUUGUGCUACAGAGCUGAGGGAAAGGUCUCCUCCCAGCGUGUGUUGACGGAUACACCUCGACCCAGUGUAGAGACACGGAAAGACCUGAGCGUACGUUAACCACAUCGGCCAGUGUCGAUUGAUUGCCCAGGAUGUCUUCAAAGGCUCACAGUUCCAAUAACAUCGCCCAUGCCAGGCGGACCGUGCAACAGCUGAGGAUAGAGGCCAGCAUCGAAAGGAUAAAGGUAUCCAAGGCCUCGGCGGACCUUAUGACUUACUGCAACGAUCACGCCAAAAACGAUCCCCUCCUCAUGGGCAUCCCCGCCUCAGACAAUCCCUUUAAGGACAAAAAACCCUGCACUAUAUUGUAGGGGGGAUACCACUCUGCCUUUAUGGGUUUCAUUUUUUUGGCUUAUUAAUGUUGCUGUGUUCUGUUUGUCGGGAAGAGUGAGGGGUGGACUGUGAUCGUAUCGUUACCACGGGCUCGUCUUUUUGUGUUAACAAAUUACUGACGCAACCAUGUUUUGUUUUGUCUUUCUCCAAAACGUCCUUUUGUACAGAGCACAGAAAGUGUUCUGCGGCUCCAACGCUCAAGUCUUUAAUCACUGUGCCACUCUUCGGUCUGCUACUAUGACCAUUACCAAACCUUUGGCUGCAUGAAUUAACAUGACAACAGGCACAUCCUGGAGUCACGGGUGCUCCUCAGUUUAGUGAGUUAUCUUAUUGGAAAGCGACUGUUAUCAUCUCUCAGCGGCGGGUUCAUGCAGUACUUUAAAAAAUAUACUUGAACAGUUUUGACUUGCAGCCUUUAAUGUCCCGUUCGGAAGGCGGUUCAGAGUCGGGGUUUUUCGGUUGAGCUUGUACACCUAAAAUUACCAGGCGUCCUUGACAAUCCACAUUCCGUGUAAUCUACAGUGAGGUGAUCAUCAGAUUGAAACCUCAGGUUCAGACACGUUUCUUUUGAAUGAACUCCCAGUUAUCGCGAGGAUACUUUCUAGAUCCGACCCGCAAUAGGUAAAAACUUUCGAUAGAGAGAGAGAGAGAGAGAGAGACCAUAUCUUUAGCAUAUCAUAAUAGUAAUUUUUGAAUGUUUUUUUUUUUUUUGUAAAAUAAGACAAAAUAACACAACAGUGUCCAGUUGCCUUGAUUAAACUUUUGCUGAUUACUGUGACCUGGAUGACUGAGAAUCUACACAAACAAAAAGAAAAAAAACAACACAGUUUUUGUGCAUUGGUAUUUUUUAUUGAUAGUGUGGCAGCAAGUUUAAAAUAAAUUUGACAAAUAUGCUGUCAGGUUAAUGGUACGCAAAACAACGUUUUAAUCCUUUUACACACUUAAACUUAAAACACACCCUUUAAUGUUUUCCUUAAUGCCUGAUCUCGGUCUCUUGUCGCACAGUCCUCCCCAAAAUUGGCAAAGCGGGCUCGUCCUUCACUCCCAGUUGACGUUACCUUCUACAUUUAAACACCAAACCUUUUACUUUCAUCGAACAAAAGUCUGCUAGCGUAAUGCUAACAUAUAAUGCAAAACACCACAGACGGGCUAAGGGAAAUUAGUAUCGGAAAAUUAGUAUAUAGUUACAGUAAUUUUAAACUUUCAAAUAUCUGCUACUUACACACAUUGAGCAGCAACACAUUCAGAGAGGCUUUGUGGAAAUGUUGACUAUUACUGGAGCUUAGUAGGGCACCUUCUCUGUCUCUUCUUCCGGCUGUUAAUUAUGCUGCAUCUCUUCUAGUAGACCUCAGUGCUGCCAGCCAUGUUGUGGCACAACAUGGUACUACACUGAAGACGCGCAACUCUAAAUUUGGAUUAGGCUGUAUGCUGUAAAAAGCCAUAAAAAAAACAGUCGCUUAAAAACCCACUAUAUAGCGGGGGCUCGCUGAAAAUUGUUGUCUGUAUGUAAAAUUCAGAACGUAAAUGUCUCUGGAUUAUUUCAGCAUAGAAAUUCAUUUGUCAGGGAACAUACUUCUAAUACUGUGUAAUUGUGAUAUUAAACUUGUGGGACCAAACCAAUAAGGCAGCCUUUAAAACCACCUACUGUGCAUUUCCCAACAGUGGUGCAGUUCAGCUCGCUCUGACAAAGUGUGUGUUUCCAGGAUUCCAGUUUCUAAUGUAAGCGCUAAGCUGACAGCUUCGUCAGUGAGGUGAAAAAAAAAGAAAAGAAAAAAAAAGACAUCGUAGCAGUGAAACACAGAGUAACGCGUCAAUGAAUGUAACAAAGAAUAAGACCAUUUAUCAUAAUCCAAAUGCAUUCCUCGUGAUUAUUCUCUGUCGACCAAUCAACAGACAGCAGUGCCCAGCUCAUCCUGUAUUAUUUGUUGCAUUUUUCGAGGUACGAGCCAUCACUUAGCCAAGUUUUUUCUUUGUCUUGAGCUAAGAGCAAACAUUUGAGAUAAGAGUGUGCGUCAGACCCCAUAACAUUCAGCUGUCAUCAAUUGACAUUGGUUUCCUUGCAGUGGAAUUAAUUAAAGAAACAAUUUUACAUGUUUACAUGCACAUUUUUAUUUAUUUUGUUUUAACUUUUUUUUUUUUUUUUUACCUCAUCUACAAAUGACCCAGACUUCUGUCCUUUUUUUAAAAGUCAAACCUGGCCCUUGAGCACAAAUGUUUUCCCACCCGUUAUCCUUUACAAUUUGAUAUCCCUUUGGGAGGGUACCAAAAAAUGACAAACCUUAUGCUGAACUGUGCUAAUGACUGGAAACGUGCACGUCAUAGUGUCGAUUGUCAGAUUGUCGUGGUCAAUUGAACAAAACAAAAUGGACGCAACCAAUCUCCUCACUCUUUGACAGCCUUACUUGCGCUUGCCUUGUAUUCUAUAGAACACACACUGGGAGAACUGUGUUUCUAUCAAGUUUUUUUUUUUAUCGGCAGGAUGAAAGUCAUUUUUAACAAUACUGUAACGUGCCAUCUUUGUUUCUAUUACGUGUGGUGCAAAACCUCUAUCUCGUUAGACUUGCCUGGUGCUUCUCUUUUCCGCAGUUCUUGUUAUCUGUUUUUUUUUUUUAUUUGUCUCUAACAGUCAAUUUCCCUUAUUUGCAAUAAUUCCCAUAAACCUGUUAAGAAAUGUUGAGCUUACCACUGCCAUGUCAUCAUUUCUGUCCAUUAAGCAACUGUGCCAUUUGAUAGAGUAACUGUCAAAUGUGACUUUUGAGGAAGUUCUUUAUUGUUAUUAUUAUUAUUAUUAUUAUUAUUAUUGGUGAUAAUAAUAGUGUCGGCCUUUGUAUGAAGAUGAAGCAAGUGAAGCAUUCCUGUCAUUGUUCUAAUAUCUCAAUAAAGAUGUGUUGUGUCAGAGGA